GCACCUUUCACUGCAAUGUCCCAAAUAAGUUGCAAGACAACACGUGCUAUAUGCUGCCCCUGUCAACGCGGAGCAUGGUUGACCUAGCCUGGAUGUUGGCAGUUCGCAGUGUUCCUCCUUGUGGGGAACCUGGACUUGACGCAAUUCAUGCCAAGAUCAGGAGAGCUACACGCUGUAAGCAUACAGCAAGCUGAGCCAUCGAUUCAGUACAUGUGUUGCACGAUUGACAGCAUCAUGCACUUCGGCAAGUGUACAGUACAUGUAGUAAUGGGGUCCAACUGACAAGCGAUUUGUACCUUUCGGACCCAGCAAGACUCAUCCCACUCUUCCGUCUGUUCAUCAACGUGAGCAACACUUUGGUCAUCAUCGAAAACAGCUACCGUGGCAGGGAAUGUGGUACGAAAGGCGGAGUCCAUCCAUGGACACCCCGCAUCGCAGCGUCUUCACAAUUGGCAUGUGCCAAACAAGUCGUGAAGGCCUAGCAUCCUGUACAGCGAGUGACUAUCUGGGUUCCCCGCAGAUCGUACUCCGCUAACCCGCGAUGGUUUCAUAUGAAAGAGCUGUCAAGGAAGUGUUGAUGAUCAGGUCGUUCACCUUUCACCACACCCUAUCUGGACUACACCACUGACUACAGCAUCAUGGGCUACUACACCAAGCUACCAGACGACAUCCGGGAGGUCGACGUGAUCGUUGCUGGCGGCGGAACUGCAGGAUGUGUGAUUGCAUCGAGACUCGCGGAGGCCGCGCCAGAUCUCUCCAUUCUCGUCAUCGAGCAGGGCAUUAACAAUCUGAAUGUCCCCGAAGUAAUCUAUCCAGCGCUCUUCCCUCGCAACAUCAAGGAGGGCAGCAAGACCGCACUCUUCUGGCAGGGCAAUGAGUCUCCACAACUUGCCAAUCGAUCGCCUGUCGUGCCGUCAGGAGGUACACUAGGUGGCGGCUCGAGCAUCAACUGGAUGGUGUACACUCGAGCUCAGCGAUCGGAUUUCGACAGCUGGAAUACGCCAGGCUGGACUGCCGAUGAUCUCUUCCCGUUUUUGAAGAAGUUUGAGACCUAUCAUGGCAAGGGGGAAGCGGUACACCACGGAUUCGAUGGCCCUAUCAACAUCUCCAAAGGCACCUUCACAGCGAAACGAGCUGAGAAUGACUUCAUCGAUGCUGCCGCAAAGCUUGGCUAUCGCGAGCUGAAGGAUCUGCAGAAUCUGGAUGCCAACGACGGCGUGGAACGCUGGCUAAGAUACGUUGGGCCCGAUGGACUUCGCCAGGAUGCUGCACACCGAUACCUGCAUCCCAAAGUCCAGAGUGGUGGUUACCCAAACCUUCAUGUACUCACAGAGACACGAGUGGUCAAGGUGCUAAUCGAAGGCGGUCGAGCUGUCGGAGUCGAAUACCAGCCGAAUCCCAAAUUCAGUAGCGAUGACACGAAGCGCAAGAUCCGCGCAUUGAAGCUUGUCUGUCUCUCUGCUGGCGCCAAUGCAACGCCUCUCAUUCUUGAGCGCUCCGGUGUGGGAGACCCCGACGUUCUGAGAAAGGCCGGGGUUCAGCUCGUACAACCGUUACGCGGCGUUGGCAACGAGUACCAGGACCACCAUCUUUCGCUGUGGGCGUACCGCACCGACUUGGGCCCACGCGAGGCUAUCAACGGCUUCAAUGACGGGCGAUUCGACCUUCACCAAGCGAUCCGUAACAAAGAUGAGCUCCUGGGCUGGAACAGCAUGGAUGCAUCUGGGAAGUUCAGGCCCACAGAUGCUGAUCUUCAGAAGCUUACUCCAGCUUUCCAAAGGGCAUGGGACAAGGAUUUCCGGAAUGCGCCUGACCGGCCGCUCAUGAUCAUCGCUUUGUACAACAGUUUCUUUGGAGAGUACUCAACUCUGCCAGAUAGUGCCGAGUAUGUCUCCAUGGCUUGCUGGACUGCAUACCCAUACUCGAGAGGGUCAAUCCAUAUCACCGGACCUGAACUCUCGGACCCAAUCGACUUUGACGUAGGCUACUUGAAGGACGCCGACGACAUUGACGUGCAAAAGCACAUCUGGUCGUACAAGUUGCAGCGUGAGAUGUUCCGACGCAUGAGUCUCUAUCGAGGUGAAGAGGCUGGCAGUCACCCGCCUUUCCCCAAGAGCUCAAAGGCUGCUAUCGUGGAGUUUGCAGACGGUCCAAUACCAGACAACACGCCCCCGAUCGAGUACACGAAAGAGGAUGACAAGGUCAUUGAGCAGAAAGUGAGAGAGACCGUUUCCACAACCUGGCACAGUCUGGGCACUUGUAAGAUGGCACCGAAGGAGCAAGGCGGUGUCGUGGACAGCACACUUUCAGUAUACGGUAUCAAGGGCCUGAAGCUUGCCGACCUGUCAGUGCCGCCAGAGAAUGUUGGCGCCAACACCAACAAUACGGCGCUCAUGAUUGGAGAAAAAGCUGCCGACAUCUUCAUUCACGAGCUCGGCUUGAAGGCAAGACUAUAA